AUGGUUGCGUCCCCCCCUCCCGAGCGCCGCCGCCUACGCCAAGAGUGCCGCGGCAUCCGCAUUGAGCGCGGCCGCUUCCGCCAAGAGGGCGUCUACGGCAGCCGACAGGGUAGCUGCAGCAGCCGAGACGGCUGCAGCUGCUUGUUAUCCUUUGAUCACAUCUCUCUUGCAAAAUUUGAUUUGAAGCAUGUCCAAAGGCCGUUGGUGUCCUUUGGCCCUAAUGGUUCUACAAAGCUUAGAACAUGUCCUGCAGAUGUCUGCAAGAAUUUAAGAUUAAGUUCCCAUGUGCUGUCCGACUUUGGCGCAGAUGGCUUAUCAAUUUCGAGUGAUAAUGGUAGUUUCAGCACCUCAUGGCUUAAGAAUCUGUCUGAUGCUUCCAGUUCUUGGUGUAGUAGCUCAACAAAGCCUAGAAAAUUUAUUACAAAUGACUUUGACAAUUUCCACUUUCAUGCACAACCAAGUCCAAUACCUACGUCAGUAUUGCAAUUAGCUGGCUCAGCAUAUUUGAUGAGGGCCACUGCCUGGGAGCACUAUGGAAGUGCUCCGAUGGUUCGAAUGAAUACGCUGGUCUAUGCAACCUGCUUUGCUGAUGCUGCAAGUUCAUCAGAGCUGUCACUGGCAUAUGUCAAGCUAAUUGAACAGUUAGCAGUCUUCAAAGGAUAUUCAGCGGCAUUCUGUGCGCUCAAGCUUGCCGAAGAGAAGUUCCCAUCCUCGACGAAUUCGCAGAUCCACCUUCUCAAAAUGCAAUUGCUACAUGAGCGUGCCCUGCAUCGAGGACACCUGAGAAUUGCGCAACAAAUCGGUGAUGAAUUUGGGGUGCUCUCAUCUUCUGUCAGUGGAGUAGACAUUGAGCUAAAGACUGAAGCCAGUCUACGGCGUGCCCGCACGUUACUCGCUGCAAAACAGUUUAGCCAGGCAGCAGCUGUGGCGAAUUCCCUUUUCACUACUUGCUACAAGUACAACAUGCAAGUAGAGAAUGCAAGUGUCCUUUUGUUACUUGCCGAAAUACAUAGAAAGUCUGACAACGCGGUCCUUGGCCUCACUUACGCAUUAGCCAGCCAAUCGUUUUGCAAAUCGUUUAAUUUGGAUCUGCUUGAAGCUUCAGCCACACUUACUCUCGCUGAACUGUGGCUAGCUCUUGGAUCUAACCAUGCGAAGAGGGCCUUAAGUCUUGUUUAUCAAAGCCUUCCUAUGAUUCUCGGCCAUGGCGGUCUUGAGCUGCGUGCUCGGUCUCAGAUAGUCUUAGCAAAAUGUCAUUUAACAGAUCCAGAAUUUUCAGUUUCUGAAGAUCCUUGUGCUGUUCUGGACCCUCUAAAUCAAGCGGCUGAAGAUCUGCAGGUUUUAGAGUACCACGAGAUGGCGGCAGAGGUGUACUAUCUCAAGGCGAUGACGUAUAACCACCUGGGCAAGGAAUAUGAGAGGGAGGAAGCCGCGGCUCGUUUCAAGGAGCACGUCACCGCCCUCGAGAACCCGCGCGACGAGGAGGAUUCACUCGUUUACUGAUGUUGCACGGUUAAUUUAUAAACCCUUGAGUCCAAGCAGAGCGGCGAAAGUUUGCGCGCCGACAUGAUUCUCGUCCUUACAUUUAUGGAUCUGUGGUGCUUGUUGACGAGAUCAUCACCUCCUGUGCGCACCAACUCCGCUAUCAUCCUGUUCCUUUUGGAAUUCCGCUUGGUGGCUCAAUGAGGCGGUCGGGUGUUAUUUCAGUGAUGUAAUGGAGCUUCAUGGUAGCAAUGGCCGACAAGUGACGUUGUUGACGAAAAGUGUCAACGCCAUAUGCUAUCUCUCUUUCGGUUUAUAUAUAAUGCCUGCGCGUAUGUAAAACGGUCAUUGAUUUCCAAAAUUUGGUCUAAUUUGCCCAAUAUUGGUCAGUAAAGCUCAGUUAGCCAAAUGCUUUUCGAGA